AUGCCCCCAGUGCGGUUCAGUGACGCCGUUGAAAAGGCACUUGCGGAGGUGUGCCCCCCACGUGACCCGUUUGACGAGCCAGACUUUGAUCCUGUGGGGUACCUCAACAACCGAUUUCCGGAUGAGUCCAGCCUUGCCGCACUCCCUGCCUUUAUGGAAGAGAUGACCGUCCGCCUGACGAAGACAGAAAACGAUCUUUUGAAGGCCGUUGAGGCUCAGGCGACCAAUGCCGCCACCGCGGACAAGGAACUUCAUAAUGCAAAGGCCGCCGUGGUCGCACUUUACGAUCGCGUUUCUGAUAUUAAGGCGAGAACGGCCAAGAGUGAAGAUACCGUCCGUGAGCUUUGCCAUCACAUUCGUGAGUUGGACACGGCGAAAAACAACCUCACUGUAAGCAUCAACACCCUACGUUCGAUGCAGCUGUGGAUGCUGCAGCUACAGGCCCUUUCCACCUCAUUUGAGAGUCGCAAGUUUAUUCAGUGCCGUGACGCGCUGAUGGAGGCGCAGAAGUAUUCUGCCAUGUUUGAAAGCAUGAACAAACUCCCUAAAGUGAGGGAAAUUAACGAUAAACAGGCGCAAUUAUGCCGACAGAUGGAACAUUACAUUCGUCACACGGUGUUUGGAGAUAUUUCUCUGGAUUCUCUGGAUGAAACGCUGAUGGCGGAGGCCUGUGCGGUGGUAGACCUACUUGGGAAGGAAAGUAUUCGGAAGAUACGCGACCAAUUUAUCGAGAAAAUGUUGGAGGUGUACUCGCUGCGCUUUAAGCGUGGAUCAGAGGACGCAAAAUUGGAACGCACGGAACGACGGUAUGUCUACAUUCGUAAUCUUCUGGAGCAAAACAAAGGACUUUUCCUCAGUGUUUUUCCACGUCACUGGUGUGUUCCGCAGGAGCUUUGUGUAACGUUUUGCCUUCGCACAAAAACGGAGCUUGACUGUCUUCUUCAUGGGGCCGCUGGUAACAUUGAUGUAGUGGUACUGACGUAUGUCCUGCAAAAGACAAUUGACAUUGAGCGUGACCUCACCCGGAUGAUGGCGUGGAAGGAGGAAUUUCCGGGGCGUAGCGAGCUCCCGGAUUACAGGUACAACGGCAUGAUUCUCUCCUCCUUUAAGGCGCACAUGGACCUCUUUGUGCGGAACGAAGACAAACUGAUGGAUGACGCCCUUUCACAUUCCUUCAUGGGGUCCUUCACAGAGGUGGAGAGAGGCAACUCCGGCAGUUCAAGUGCCGUGGUGGGUGCGGCUGUGCCUGGGUGGAACAGUGAGACUGAUAUUCGUGUUGGUGCCAUACUUCCUGUGGCAGAAGAUCUCUUUAUUUUUAUCAAGGAGAGCCUCAAGCGUACUAUUCGCAUUUCGCAGCAGGAUGUGUUGUUGGACAUGGCGGCUGUCUGGCGCAAGCACCUCAUCCGUUUUGCGGAAACGGUUGCAACGCUGCUUCCUAGCCCUGCAAUCUCCAAAGAAGAUAUGCGUCGCGCGUGCAUCAUCGUCAACACGGCGGACCUCUGUCAGUCUACAAUCCGUGAUUUGGGAGACGAGGUCUGCACCCGUGGCGAGACUCCCGCGAAGGAAGUCGGUUUUGACCGAGUCACCGAGGCCUUCUCUACCCUUUACAGUAAGGCGAUUCAAUGCAUCCUGCAAGGAACAGAGCUAAACUUGACGCCCUUUCUUGUAGAAUACGGCAAUGCUGUAUUUGUCAACCGUCGAAGCGAGGAACAAGAUAUUCAUGACGAAUCCGCAACUAUCCGUUCCAUGAGCACUGUGCUGCACGAUAUGGUUUUGGUGUGCUCGGUGGUCUUGCCGUCUUCAAUUUUACGCUUUCUUCUUGAUAAGGUGGCACAUAGCGUCAUCCCCAUGUUUACUGACACCUUGUAUCGCAUGCGUCGGCUGCCACCGGACUUUGCGCUGGGUUUGAUGCGUGUUGACUCCGCUGCGUUUGAGCGAACUUUUUUGCAGCUUCCAAACUAUAAUGAUCCUGACCGCAUUGCUCCAGCGCAUUUAACAGGAUACAUGAAACUUGUGCGACGGGAGUUUGACCGGUUAAAUCGCGCCCUAAAGGUUUUGCAACUAGAUGCCUCGGUGGAUUCGUUUGUGGAUGUCUACUACGAGGCCAUGCUGCCUGAAGAUCGCUCUAUUCAGAACUUUGUACGACUUGUGGAGUUGAAAGGGCGAAAGCGGGAGGAUGUCAGGCCGUGGAUCGCACAUCUUUCCAAGAGGGGUGUGGUGGAGGCCACAAGGCGUGAUCGGCAGCGCGAAGCUUCACUUGGCAUCGCAACGGGCACUACAGGUCAAUCCUCGGUAGCAGGCGCCACCGCUUCGGGAGGACUCAAUUUUUCGAACUUUUUCUUGCCAACUGCAGCAAACACGUCUGAACAGUCCUUGAGCGGCGGGUUUUCGAAUGCGUUCAACAGUUUGGUCAGCCGUGCUGGAAACGGCGGUAAUGCGCAAUCAACGGCAACGACGACGACAGCAGCGGCAGCAGUAACAACAACAACACCACGGCUAUCAACGGGGAUGAUCGUACCAGCAGAAACAGCGGAGGAGAGUUUCGGCACACGUUUUGCCAAGGCAGCUCGUAGCACAGUGACGUCAAUGAACUUCCUCUCCAACUUCAAGAAGGAAGGCGGGAACAACAGUGGUGGCGGUUAUGGGGCCGCGAAGUGA